UCGCAGGGCUUAUACUGUACGUGCAAAUGUGUGUUUGAAUUGUGUAGUAAGAAGUAUAAACAUAUUUAUUCAUACAGUGAUAGUUGCCGGUGAAACACGUAGGUUACGGCAGCAUUUUACGAUUUUUCUAGGAAGCCGCAGAACUGAAUCAGUUUGUUGAUGCGGCAUCUGAAUCAACCCUCAAGAGGUUACCUUUUCGUAAACAACAUUUAAAACUUUUUAAAAUUCAAAAUCAUGGGCGACGACGAUCCAACCUGUGUCGUCAAAAUGAUCAAGGAUCUGCGAUCAGGUUCUGGAGGCUAUCAACGCAACAGUCUAACGUCUUCUGGGCUACGCUUGUCUUCGGCGUCUUACAUUCCCUCUUCUUCUAUCAUCGGUGACAUCGACAGUGAUGACAGCAAACGUACCCCAAAACGACCUAGGCUAGAUGAAACAAAUACCAGUCUUAACAGAUCUAGUCUGGAUGGCGUACCUGGAAGCCCUUGGGAAUGGAGAAGGUUGAGAGGAGAGGUAAUUUCGUUGCGAACAAGACUGUCUCACCAAGAAGCAACGGUGGAUCAGCUCCAUGGUGUCAGGAGGCAAAUGGAACAAGUCUUUGACAAAGAAAAAAAAUUGUUUGAAAUGCAGGCUGAGCAAGAUAAACAGUCAAUAAAACUUUUAGAAGCUAGAUUGGACAUGGCUCGGCGAACGAUACAAGAAGCUAAAGAGGCUCAGGCUAAUGCUGAAAAAGAGGCUGCUCAGGUCAAGAUGAAACUAGACCAGAAAACCCUUGCAUUGAUGAAUGACAAUACAAGACUUCAGGAUGAAACUAGACAAGCGAACAACCAGCAUCAGCAACAAUUCAAAACGAGUGAUUGUAAUGAGGAUGUGACAGAAAAAACACUGAAGCUCGAAGCUGCUGAAAAUAGAAUCUUACAACUAGAAGAGAGCCUCAGAGAAGCCAGAAGUGGCCAACAGAAGAGUGAGUUGCUGGAAUUAGAAGUACAAAAUUUGAAGAUGAAAAUUGAAAAGUUAGAAUCCGAACGAUCGUUGUGUGAAGAGGGCAAAGCAAUGGCGGCUAGAGCUGCACGUGCUAGCGAUCUAGAGCGAGAACUUCAUGCUGCCAAUAAACUGGUUUCUACUUUGCGAGAAGCGGUAAAAGGAAAGUUGCUGCUCGAAGAACAAAUCUGCAGCAUGCAGCAAAGGGUUCAGCAUACGGAAAAGUUGGAGCUGCGAAUUGCAAAACUGGAAGCACAGCGGGCGGAGCUACUGUCACAAAUUAGGGAGUAUGAGUCGAUUGGCAUUACUGGUGGACCGAUAGCGAUAAAAAAAGAAUUACAGCGGUUGCAACAAACCGAACUGAUCUUAACAGCCGAAGAAGGUCAAUUGAAGUCAAAGAUGGAAUCUGCACAGAGAGAAUGUCAAAACCUUAGUAAGAAAUACGAGGAGGUCAAGAUGAUAGCAAACGACAUGACAGUUGUCAGGGAAAAAUUAAACAAGUUGGUCAGUAGGCUACAAAAGAAAAUGAUGCUAGUUACCCGAGAACGAGACAGUUACAGACAGCAACUCGACUUGUAUGAAAAAGAAAUGACUGUUGAUGGCCAUAGCGUACUUACAGAACGUGUACCGGCCUUGGAACGAGCCAUAGACGGAUACAGGGAGCUUGUCACCAAAUUAGAGUCAGAUUUAGAAGCUGCCGAGGAUUGUGUACAAAAGGGUCAGUGUCAAAGGUUACGAGAAGAAAUUGAGAGACUCCAGGGUGAGCUAGAACACAGAGCGCUAAAAGGAGAUUUCAAUUGCAAUGCAAGGAUCCUUCACUUCAAGAUGAAUCCAGCCGCUCUGGCAGAGAAACAGGCGGAAGAAAAGUACGAAGCUCUUCUACGAGAGGUCGAGGAACUCAGAGCUAGAACAGCCUCUGGUACUUUGAAUCUCGGACCCAUAGGAUCAUCUGUUCAAGCUCAAGAAAUCGCCGAGCUGAAGCAGACUAAUGAGAUCAAGAUCACUCGUCUGAAAGAAGCGUUCAAGGCAGCUUCGCAGGAAUACCGUCAGGCUUGUUAUCAGCUCUUUGGAUGGCGAGUCGACAGGACAAAGGAGGGACGAUAUAAGCUGUCAAGUCAGUACGCAGAGUCGCCGGACGACUUUCUAUUCUUCCAAGUUGGCGAGGAUGGCGUUGAUCUUUUAGAAACUGAUUUUUCUGCAACUCUCAGUAGCCUCAUAGAGUGUCACCUACAAAGACAGCACAGUGUCCCAAUGUUCAUAAAUGCCGUUCAAGUGGAACUUUUCUCCCAACAAACCGCUGCGACUGUGACAAGUUGAACUGAUCCUCAUAUGAAUAUUACAAUAACUGAGUAUAAUGCAACUCAUUAAAAGCUGUCGAUUAUUGCGAUUCAAAAAUGAUGAGUUAACUCUUUAAAUAUGUGAUUCGUACGUAGCUUAAACCCUCGUACGUACGAAUAAAUACUUCAACAAAUUUUUAGUACGGUGUUAAAGUAUCGUGAAAAUCGAUCUGAGAUUCCAUAAUCAAUGUCUACAAUUAUGAUUGAUAUUAUUACUUUUCAUAUUAUGCAUAUAAUUACUUUUUAUUUGACGCAAAUGAAUAU